ACUCAACCACCCUAAUUAGUCAAAUGAAGGCAUUCGCGCUCCUUCUCUUUUCCGCUAUCCUCGUGUCUAUUCAAGGAUACCAAAAUAGCCUUCUGCAUAGGCGAACAAUUCUUCGGCCACCACUUGAUAAAUUCAUUGUUGGCGGUCAGGAUGCCCAAGUUGGACAAUUUCCAUACAUGGGAGCCCUCUCAAUGGAUGGUCGUGGCCAAUUCUGUGGCAGUUCUGUGAUUUCUGAUACGUGGUUACUCACAGCAGGGCAUUGCGUUGAAUUUUUAAUCCCCGAAAUUCUUUUCGUUCGCCUUGGCAGCCGCUACCGCAACAGUGGUGGUCAAGAGCAUCGCAUGAUUCGCUAUGUGAUUCACCCGGACUACGACAUUGCUACAUUUAUGGACUACGAUGUUGCUGUUUGCGAAAUGGUCGGUCCUAUGGCGGGACCCAAUAUUCGUCCCAUCCCCAUAACCCCCAUUGAGCCUCGUGCUCCAGCCCGAACCUACGUCAGCGGAUGGGGCCACACCCAGCAUCAGGGACUUCCGUCAGAUAUUCUGCAGUAUGUGGGAGUCCCUGUUGUGGACCGUGACGUGUGCAUUGACAACUAUUCGGAAAAUCCAGCAAAUAUAACCGACAGCAUGAUCUGUGCAGGCGAGGCAGGACGAGAUGCAUGCCAGAUGGAUAGCGGUGGACCUUUGACUGAUCUCAACAACUACUUGGUUGGUGUGGUGAGCUGGGGUAAUGGUUGUGCCUGGGAUGGCUUCCCGGGUGUUUACGCCAACCUUGCCCAUCCCAGCAUAAGGGAUUUUAUUCGUAUGCACACACAAAUAUAAUUCCACAUUGCAAAAACGUUAACAGAGUGCACACACAAAAAAUAUGGAGAACCAUGUAGUUGCAGCAUAAAAAACAUAAAUUCAUUCUCGUAAUGAUGGGGAUGAUUUUCAACUGAAUGAAUUGCUGUGGCGUUGUGACGAUAUGUUGUGAGUGUGUGUUCAUUCAUGGAAGCUACAAAAAUACUAGAAACCAUAACUGAAUUGUUCGUUGUAAAUAAAAUGAGAAAAAAAUACAUGUAAAGCAUAGGAAAAAACCAACAAUGUGAGCUUUGAAUAUUUUUUUUUCCAAUAUCCUCUUGUCGAAAAAAAAUCCCACCAUCCAUUUCUUCCUAUUUUCAUUUUCGAGGACGAAUCCCCUUUAUGAUCUCAACAUACAAAAAGAAUUAGUAAUGAAGCUCGUGGCAAAACUUUCAGA